AUGGAGGAUCAUUUUAUCAAUGAGAAAUCUAAGGCCCAUGGAAGCUUUGCGUUGCAAAUCCAAUGCUACCAGUGUGAAGAAUUCCAACUGAAUAAUGACUGCUCCAACCCCGAAUUCAUCAUGAAUUGCACGGUGAACGUUCAAGACAUGUGUCAGAAAGAAAUGAUGGAACACAGCGCAGCC